AUGAAAGUUUCCACCGGUAGCUGGCAGAUCACCGGUCUGCUUGUUACAUUUACCUUGGCAUUGCAGGUUCAUGCGAGACUACGUAUGCAGCCUAUCGGAAUCGACCUUGGGCCAGAAUUAGUCACGGCUGCGUAUGCCUAUGAUACCAAUAAUGUCACUAUUAUAUCGACCGUCCGUCCCGAAUUAGAUGACUCUUAUCGGGAAACCAUGCUCCGUUUGCGGCUGCUACAUUCGCAGGAACAUCCGUCACCGUUCGCAAAGAAGAAGAGGCAGCUUGCAACUUCUGGCACUCUCAAGGCGGCCAAGAGCGCCGUGCAAUCUGUUGUGUCUGUCGUUGAACCCUAUCUACCAUAUCUACACGACGUGGGCCUCCCGCCCUGGCUCGGUGGUGCUUUGUCAAUUGCAUUCAACACCGUUUCGGCAGCGCUCGGGGCCGCUGACGGUCACCUAGUCGGCCCUAUACCACCGGAGGACAUCAAAAACGAAUUCGUCAAAGUGCUCCGGGAGGUCAGAGACCACGCACGGACAGAGCACAACAUAAGGAUUCGAUCCGCUACCUUCACCGGCCCCGGUUUCUUCAAUUCGACGCUCAACGACCUGAUUGUCGAAGCAGCCGAGGAACUUGGCAUCUGGACCAGCCCUAUCGUUCUCCCGAGAUCUAUUGCUGUGACUUACGCGAAUGACGACGACCACAGGGGCGGAAAAGGACUUCGAUACUUGAUUAUCGACCAGGGAGAAUACCACUGUGACUUGCGGACUGUCUAUACCGGAAAAAAAGACGAUGAAAAUGCGAUCAAGGGGGUUCUUUUGCCGCUGGAGCCUUUUGCCAGCGCGAAUAUCAACAGACGGCUAGCGCAAAGGUUAAUUGACGAGUCAAAGGAAAUGCAGACCCAGAUUGCAUGGGGAGCCUCGAAGGGUGAUCUCUGGCAACCCAUUAAGAAAGCGAGGUUUUUGAUCCGAGAUGACAUCUACGCCGAGGUAAUGGGAGAGGAGAAACCCGAAGAGGAGCAUCAUGAUGAGUAUCCUCUGGACUUGAUGGGUUGGGGAGACGGGAGUGUCCAGGCUGUGUUGAAGUGGAAAGAUAUUCAGGAAGAGGAAGAAACGUUUGUGGACUCGCUGUCAGCAAACAUCAUGAGUGUGAUGGUUGCCCUGAGAGGAUGGCGAAACAAGGAAAGUUCGGAAACACUCGACGAGAGUCAGACGCCAGAGGAGGUCGAUCGAGUCAUCAUCUUAACGUCGCAUUAUGAUGGACGGUUGAUUAAGAGAGCUGUUCAGUCAGUGUUUGGGGAGUCAGUUGAAGUUGUCGGGGGCACUAUUCGUGGAUUUCAGCUGGCUGCAACAGGUGCCUCACAGGUAGCCCUGAUGACACAUAACGCAUGGGAGAAACCGGGAUCGUGCAAGAAACAUGAUGAGCUCUAG